CAGCUUCUGCCUGCGCGCCGCCAUCGCAGUCAUGCUGGCCGCCGCUCUCCGCCACUGCGUCGUAGCCGCAGCUGCAGCCGCCUGGGCCAGCCCAAGUGGCCUCCCACACCCCUCUCUGGCCCCCCGCUCCGCCGCCGCGCUCCAGUCAGUUCGCUGCUACUCCCAUGGGUCACAGGAGACAGAUGAGGAGUUUGAUGCUCGCUGGGUAACAUACUUCAACAAGCCAGAUAUUGAUGCCUGGGAAUUGCGUAAAGGGAUGAACACACUUGUUGGCUAUGAUCUGGUUCCAGAACCCAAAAUCAUUGAUACUGCUUUGCAGGCAUGCAGACGGUUAAAUGAUUUUGCUAGUGCUGUUCGCAUCCUAGAGGUUGUUAAGGACAAAGCAGGACCUCAUAAGGAAAUCUACCCUUAUGUCAUCCAGGAACUUAGACCAACUUUAAAUGAACUGGGAAUCUCCACUCCAGAGGAACUGGGCCUUGACAAAGUGUAAACCCCACGGCUGAGCUUCCCAAGGAUUUACUGCUAAUGCUACUUGAUGUAAAAUAUCACCUGGAAAUACUGAU